AUGAAUGGAGGCGGCGAGAAUAAUGAUGGUUUGCCAUGGGAAACUAAUGAUUUCUGGUCGUACCUGAACUUGAAUGACAUUCAAGUUGGGAGUGGAGAGACAUUUGAAGGAGACAAGUUGCCAGAUCUUACUAGGUCUGAUACUUGUCAGCCGCUGACAGUUGUUAAUGAGGUGGUUGAACCGACAAUUGAUGUUGGUAAGAAGAGAAUUCCACCAAACCGAAAAAGGAACGGUAAGGGAAUCGCUGAACCAAAUUUUGGUGCUGAUGAAGCCAAAGGUAAAAAAGAAUCAGAGCAUGAGAUACACAUAUGGACAGAGAGAGAAAGGAGAAAGAAGAUGCGAACCCUGCUCGAGACUCUUCAGGCGUUGGUUCCUAAUCUCCUUGCUAAGGCUGAUAAGUCUACAAUAGUUUAUGAAGCAGUGAACCACAUUCAAAAACUGCAGAAUACUUUCAAAAAACUUGAAAGUCAAAAGCUAGAAAGGCUAGAAGAAUAUAGCAUAAGGUUGAUGAGUUCACAGAAAGUUGGUAAUAGUUGGGAGAAAUAUGUGGGUGAUCAAGGAUCAACCAACAAUUCAACAGCCAUUACACCAACAACUCAUGGUGCUAGUCCCCUUAUUCCAACAAGUUUCAUGACAUGGAGUUCACCAAAUGUGAUACUAAAUAUUUGUGGUGAGGAUGCACAUAUUAGUGUGUGUUGUCCUAAGAAGCCAGGGUUAUUUACCAUCAUUUGUUAUGUUUUGGAGAAACAUAAGAUUGACAUUGUGUCUGCUCAAAUUUCAUCUGAUCAAUUCAGAAGCAUGUUCAUGAUCCAAGCUCAUGCUAAAGGUGGAAGAGAGUUAGCUCAAUUCUCCGGAGCAUUCACUGUGGAAGACAUGUACAAGGGAGCUACAAAUGAGAUAAAGUUAUUGAUAACCCCCAGUUCAUUCGAUAAGGAUGAACGGUUAUGGCCGUAA